GCACAGAAGUGACAGCGCGUCCCGCCGACCUCAAAAGUGACGGACUCGAACUCCAGCCUUCCUCGCCUUUCCACCUUUCCCACCGCACACUAAUGGCCGCCUCCGACCUGGCCCCACCACCCGUAGGCCUUACGCCUACCUUUACCCAAGCCCUUCUGGCGGGCGGAGCGGCGGGCACGGCGGUGGACACGGCGUUGUUUCCGCUGGAUACGAUCAAGACUCGUUUGCAAGCCAAAGGCGGGUUCUGGGCACAUGGGGGAUUCAAGGGGAUCUAUCGCGGGUUAUCGUCGGCGGUGAUCGGUUCGGCUCCUGGAGCGGCGGCGUUCUUCGUCACCUAUGAAGCAAUCAAAGAACGCGCAGGGAUCUGGCUCCCCGGGCUGAAAUCCACCGAUGCUGCUGUACAUAUGCUUGCUGCGUCGGGGGGUGAAGUGGCAGCAUGCUUCGUCCGCGUGCCAACGGAGGUCAUCAAGCAGCGCAUGCAGACGGGACAGUACCAGAGCGUCGUGCAGGCUGUAAGGUCGAUUCUUGCUGUGGAUGGGUUGGGUGGGUUUUAUAGGGGGUAUGCUAUGACGAUAUUUCGAGAGAUUCCGUUCACCUGUAUACAGUUCCCAUUAUAUGAACGGCUGAAGCAAAUAUGGGCGCAAAAGACCAACCGGCAAAGUGUAAACGCCGGUGAAGCCGCCCUAUGCGGCUCCGUCUCCGGCGGCAUCGCAGCGGCGCUGACCACACCCCUCGACGUGGUCAAGACGCGAAUCAUGCUGGGGACUAAGAGUAUAACACCAACAACCCAAACCAUCUCCCCCGGCAUCCUGCCCACCUUCACCAGCAUCAUCCGCGAAGAAGGCGCUGGCCGCCUCUUUGCGGGCGUCGGGCCCCGCGUCAUGUGGAUAUCGAUUGGUGGAAGCAUCUUUUUGGGCGUUUAUGAGGGUGCUAAGGAUUUUUUGGUGCGGGUGUGAAAGGCAAGAUUCAGGCAGUGGGAUACGUCCCCUCGACGCACACAGAGCGACAAAUACCAAACCUGCGGACUUGGUCCUUACUACAAGCAUGCUUGUGACACAUAUGCCCCCGCUUUUGAGUCCCGUCUCCGCUUCGGGAUCCGCCUGGAUGCCAUGAGGAGACGCGUAGCUUAGGUCUAGACUCCGCCUAGAUCUGCUUCUGAUUCAGCAUUUUCAUGUCUGCCCUAUCGCCAUCUCAUAGCGGACUUGCGGAGCCUGGGAAUAGAUGUGCACCAAUGAUGGGAACUGUACAUGUAGAUCUAGACAAACAGCAUUGAUACUUUGCAAAUGUAGAAUAUGUAAUGGAUCAGUUAAACCUGCAGGUGCAGACAGCUCCCUUCCCCAUUUGUGAAAAGUUAAGUCAAAUCGCACAUGCA